UGAUAAGCAUGUGAUUCCUGGAAAAAGCUAAAGCUUUAACCCAAAAAGGCACUCACUAUUAUAGGGAAUAGGAAAGUGAGUGAGAACUGAAAAUCCAAAUUAAUCAAACCCCACUCUACGGUUGAACUGGGGAACCUCGUCUCUACCCGCUCUCGUCCUCGCCGGAGAUCCGUCAUGGCUGGGAGUUCCGCACCUCCCUCCUCCACGUCUUCUCACAACAAUUCAACUUUCUCACCUGAUUUCCCUUCCCGAAUUCCCCUUACUUCCGAUCAGAUCAAACACUGCACUGAAGCACUCGCCCUGUUGAAGAACAAACUUCUCAACCCUCACACCGUCUCCCAAGAGUUCUUUCACUUGCAGUCGAAUAGGAUAACGCUGAGUGAGACGACGAGAAGAUGCAAUGUUGCUCUUAAUUCUGCUAAUCUCAGCAAAAAUCGAUACAGUGAUGUUAUACCAUUUGACAAGAACAGGGUUGUUCUUAAAUCGAGUUCUGAUUAUAGGUCUGAAGCACUAGGGUAUAUCAAUGCAAGCAAAAUCUCGACCUCUUCCCCUGGAAUUGUGUCCGAGUUUAUAGCCACGCAAGGUCCAAUGCCACACACUUUUGAGGAUUUUUGGGAAAUGAUGAUACAAUAUCACUGCCCUGCAAUUGUGAUGCUUACUGGGUUGGUCGACAAUUACAAGACGGUGAAGUGUGGAGAUUAUUUUCAAUCUGAAGAUAGACCUAGAGAAUUCGGGAAUAUCUCUCUUACAUGUAAAUGGACGAAAACUACUAAAACUUCACUUGUGCUGCGACAUUUGGAGGUGAACCGUAAAGAGGUAGAAGAUACACCGUUAUCUGUUUUUCAUAUUCAGUAUCCUGAGUGGCCUGACCAUGGAGUUCCAAACAAUACUUUGGCUGUGCGUGCAAUUUGGAAAAGAUUAUACCACUUGCCACCAAAUCUUGGCCCAAUAGUGGUGCACUGCAGUGCAGGUAUUGGUAGAACUGGAACAUACUGCACAAUUCAUAACACGAUUCAGAGAAUACUUGCUGGUGAUAUGUCUGCUAUAGACAUUGCCAAUACAGUAUCUGUGUUCAGAUCUCAGCGUAUUGGAAUGGUUCAGACACAGGAUCAGUACAUUUUUUGCUAUGAAGCUAUCAUAGAUGAACUAGAAGACCUUGUAUCUCAACAGUAAUGAGAGUAGAAGGUGGUGGACCAAAGAAUGUUAGUCUGAUUGCCUCACUCUGAAGCCAACGUUCGAUUCUUCGAUUUUCCACUUGGGUCCUACUAUGCUCUUGUUUCCCAGCAGCUGAUUCUGAAGCAUUAGCAUUCAGGAGAUUUUAUGAUUUUCAUUGAACUCAGUUUAUUCUCAAGCAUUCAUGUAUAUUUGUAGUCAGGUGAAAGCUAACAAAUAUCAGCAUCCUUUUCAUUAUAUUUCUACAAUUCUAUUGGUGAACUGAAAGACACUAAUGACCUUUAAAAAACUAAAGUCUGUUGUCAA